AUGGCCGUCACCAGUCGGCUCGAGUCACUUCCGCCGGAGCUUGUCACUAUUGUCCUGGACUACAUUCCACGGCCGACAGAUCUCAAGAGCCUCUGCCUCACGAGCAAAGUACUUCGCAACGUCGCGACGCCGCCACUUUACAAGACCGCUGUCUUCGAUGACAAGGUCCCCGACUGGCCGAAGAGCAGCUUCGGCCGCGGCUUCCUUUCACUCGACAAUCCCGGAAUCGCACAUGUUCGGGCCCUCGAAUUCGCCCCAUGCGUCACAAUGAGGAACCAUGAGCAGGAACAGCAAUUCCUAAAGAGAGCUCUGCAAGUCUUACCGCGAAAUGCGCUUACUGCUAUUGUCAUACCAAAUAUUAGAUGCACUGAAGACAUGCUCUCGCUGCUUUGCACGCAGCAGAACAAGCUUACCAAGAUCAGCCUUGGUCCUAUCAUGUUCGAUUUCGCGACCACCCUCAGCUCGAAAGCGUUUGGCCACCAGCUCUGGACCAACCUCCAGGAGCUCAGUAUCCCGGUCAGGGUAGGAAGUCUCCAAGACAUUCGCGCUUAUCACCACUUGGUCCAGGGCACAGCCACACUAUCGACAUUGAAUAUCAAUGUUAUCACGUGCGUAUCUAGAGAGGUGCUCCAGCCGCCAAACUCUCAAGCCAGAGACAAGAUCAAUGAGCUCUUGUUCAGUCGCUCGGAGAAUGGAGCUGGGUCGCCGAGACUGAAGCUGAAGACAUUGACCCUGGCAGCCAUGGGGACAUGCUACAUCCACGUCAUGACCCAUGUUGACCUCAGCAUUUUGACCUCGUUGUCGAUCGACCUUCGUGAAUCAGGAAGCAGCGAGUCGCUGGGCUAUCUCACGUCGCAAUUCACGAAACACGGCGCAUCGCUUCGCAUUUUCUCGUACCAGAGCUUCGCACACCUAGAGCAACGAGCGGUUCUCGAACAGUUCCUAAGCACAUUCGAAGGGCUCAAGAAAUGCACACUGAUCGGAGACUCCCCCGAUCUACAAUCGCUGGCCAGGCACAGGGCUAGUCUGAAUGUCUUGGCCCUGGACCUCGCUGGUUACGGUGAGCGCGUUGACGACGGCAGCAUACACAAGCACAUAGCGGAGCACUUCCCUUCGCUGAGGGUAUUGGCGAUCAACAUGCCUGUGAUGGAACUCCGUGCAAAUGGGAAGACAAAGUCGACGAUCUGGCAGAAUAGUCUGCUGGCGCUCAUCACUAUGCCGCACAUACAGGCUGUGCAGAUCCGGCAGAUGCCGGAUGCGCCGGACGGAUCCUUCUUGAAGGACCGCAACGCUCGCGAGCACAAUAUUGCUGCGUACAUGGAGAUGUUCUCUGCUUGGUCUGACAAGUGCUUGGGUGAGAUCUAUACGCGCGCAGCUCACUUCAGAGACCACUUGCCUGUCCUACUCUUCCGAGCUCAUGAUGACUGUAUCACGGACGACGAUGGAAGCGUCUGGCUCGACUUAGAGCCGUUCUCGCUGUUGCCAGCUAAGCGUAUCGAUGCUUUUGGUAAGAUCAGUCGAGUACUGAUCAAAGGCACUGUCUCAGAGGCGUGCUACAUGGAACCUGAACUAAGAGAAGUCUCAGAGACGUACAGGGACUGA